ACAAUGUUCUUUACUUUAUAGUAAGAAGAAAAAAAAGAAGUCUUUAAGAAUCAUAAAAUUCGUCUUUAUUUGGCUUGUUUUAUGGAUUGGUCCAAGUUUUGGAUCAGUGACCGUCCAGAAACUGUGUGAAGAGACGUCAAUAACCGGAAUAGUUGCGUCUUUAGCCAAAUAAAACCUGAAAACCAGAGGAAUCGGACAGCAUAUGUCCACUUUUAUCUCCUGGACCAAUCGAUUGUGCUGAUGUUCUGCUUAAUGGACACACUACCAGUGGAUCGUAUCGUAUCUGGCCCAAGUCAUGGAUGACUACAGGAAGUUUCUAUGUUUACUGUGACAUGGAUACUGAUGGAGGAGGCUGGACGGUAAUCCAAAGAAGAGGAAACCAUGGAAACCCAAAGGAUUACUUUUUCAGACCAUGGGCAGAUUACAAAGUAGGAUUUGGAGACAUUCAGAAAGAAUUCUGGUUAGGGGACUCAUUCUGUUACCACAACGAGUUCAAGUUUAUCACAAAGGACAAUGAUAAUGAUAUUGAUGAUUCUAAUUGCGCCCAAACCUUUAAAGAAGCUCGGUGGUACAAGAAUUGUCACGGUUCCAAUCUUAAUGGACUCUACCUGAACGGUAAACACGAACGUUAUGCAGGUGGUGUGGAAUGGAGCGAUUGGAAAGGACAGAAAUAUUCCAUUCCAGACGUGGAGAUGAAGAUUCGAUCCCUGUUGUAUAUUGUAACCAGGUGAUUCACGCAAUGCUGUAACCCGAUAGGUAUGAAAAUUAAGAUACGUGAUUGACUCAGUAUCUACACGAUACCAAGAAGGGAG